AUGGCGCGCAGCUACUUAGGUCUCACAGGAGGCAAGUUGCAGAUUGCCAUCAGUUUGAUCGCUGGCUUAGAUUUUUUGCUUUUCGGAUACGAUCAGGGUGUCACCGGUGGUCUCUUGACCCUCGAUUCAUUCAUCAAAUACUUCCCCACGAUCUCGACCAAUGGCUCUUACUAUGAGAAUCUAGACCCAUCUGCGAGAAGCGCUCAGUCGACUCGUCAAGGUAUCGUUGUUGCGGCUUACAAUCUGGGAUGCUUUGCCGGCUCGAUUCCGACCAUUUGGAUUGGCAAUUGGCUGGGUCGACGAAAGACAAUUUUUGUCGGCUCGGCUAUCAUGGUCGUUGGUGCUCUGCUGCAAUGCACCUCGUACGACCUGGCUCAAUUUAUUGUUGGGCGUCUGGUCACUGGCUUCGGCAAUGGCAUGAAUACUUCGACGGUGCCCACCUGGCAAUCCGAGUGUUGUAAAUCGAACCGUCGUGGUCAGCUAGUCAUGAUUGAAGGUGCCAUGAUCACCUGCGGCAUCACUAUCAGCUACUGGAUCGAUUUUGGCUUGUUGUUUGCCGAUCCCAGCGAAGUCGCCUGGCGGUUUCCGCUUGCCUUCCAGAUAUUCUUCGCCCUAAUCAUUCUCGCUUUCGUCAUGUUCCUCCCCGAAUCGCCUCGCUGGCUCAUCUUGAAGGGCCGGGAAGACGAAGCGCGCGACGUGCUUUACUCCUUGAAUGGAAAGAACGACGAGACCUUCAUUGAGACCGAAUUCGCUGAGAUCAAGGCCACCGUUCUGGAGAUGGCUAAGGGCUCUUUCCGCGAUAUGUUCACGAUGACGGAAGAUCGCCAUUUUCACCGCGUGGUCUUGGCCUAUGUCAACCAGAUGUUUCAACAAAUUUCGGGUAUCAAUUUGAUCACCUAUUAUUGCCCCAUUGUCCUCGAGAACCAACUCGGAAUGAGUCUUGAAAUGUCUCGCCUGAUUGCAGCUUGCAAUGGAACAGAGUACUUCCUUGCCUCAUGGAUUGCCGUCUUCACGAUCGAAAGAUUCGGCCGGCGGCAGCUGAUGCUGUUCGGCGCGGCGGGUAUGUCCAUUUCCAUGGUCAUUCUGGCUGUCUGUGCCAGUCUCAAUACGGACGGUGCCCGAGUCACUGUCGUUGUGUUUUUGUUCGUCUUCAACACUUUCUUUGCCAUCGGGUGGCUGGGUAUGACCUGGUUGUACCCAGCCGAGGUGGUUCCGCUGAAGAUUCGGGCUCCGGCCAACGCGCUGGCCACGUCCUCCAACUGGAUCUUCAACUUCAUGGUGGUGAUGGUUACCCCUGUCGCUUUCGAUAAUAUUGGAUACCAAACCUACAUUAUCUUUGCCGUCAUUAACGCCUUCAUCUUCCCUGUGGUGCUCGUCUUCUAUCCCGAGACCGCGUGCCGGUCACUCGAGGAGAUGGAUCGCAUUUUCCGCAAAACAAAGAGCGUGUUCCAGGUGGUCAAAGUCGCCAACGAAGAGCCACACAUGUACGGUCGCCGCGGUGAGCUGCUGCGAACGUUGGAUGAUGAGGAGGAUGAGGCGGUACGCCGGACGAGCGUGCUGAAUCACUCCGUCAAGGAUGCCGAUAAGGACAGCGAUGAUGUCGCGAGCACCGAGAAGAUCUAG